UUGCGUUUUCGGUUUCGUUUUUUUUUCAUUCAUCAAGUUGGCGCUUCUGUCUUAUCCCUACCACGGAGGACUCGCUCUCCCCCCCCCCGGAUUCGACAAUUUAUAAUAUUAUAGGCUACCGCCACGGCUUUAUAGUAAUUUCCGUUAUCCGUUGUGAUAAUUUUUUUAUCACUAAAACUAAGUGUUUAGCUGGACGGUGUUCAAAUCAUAAGCUAGUAGCAUUUAAGAUUUAAAUUUUUGUUGCUCAUUGUUCUCAAAACAAAAGUCAAAACCGGUAUUUAGAGUUAACUAUUUGCACUAUUUUACUACAUAAAAAUAUAUUCAAUUCGCAUUACCGUCAAGAUCAAUUCGUGUCCAGAUCUAUUCGUUUAGAUAUCAUAGGAAAUCAUUUUGCGAAAUCUUUUAUUGUUUAUCGUAUAAACAACGAAAUUGCGAAAUGGAACCUAUGGCUCUAGGAUCACCGUCACACGGACACGACAGUCCACAGAAACCUACUUACCUUCCAGGUUACUUGAUGGGUGAGCGAGCUCAAUCGCCGAUCAGUAAUGUUUCUAUCAGCGCUAUGUCUCCGUUACGUGCUAAUCGUAGCCAUACCUCUGAUGUACACACUACAUUUUUAAUGCGAAAUUUUCAUCAUGAACUUAGCGAUAAACCAUCUUCCACUCCUAUCUUAAAUAGAGUCAAUGAUGAACCAACAAAAGCUCCAACAAUUGAUUUAUUUGAUAUGCUCAAUACUUCUGACUAUAGAGAAGAACAGUGUAACAAUAAAGAAAACAAACAAUUUUAUUCUGAUAAAAACAAUCUGUUUGAACAACCAAAAACUGCUCCUGGAUGUUGGAUUACAGUUUUUGGAUAUUCUAUUUCAAACAAAGAUGAAAUAUUAUCUAAAUUUAUACACAUGGUAUCUUGUUGUGAUGUGAGACAAGCUGGGCCAAAUUGGGCACAUAUAUGUUUUAGUGAUUCUACAGAUUAUCAUCGAGCUUUAUUAUUUAAUGGUCAUGUAACUAAUAAUGGUGCUAUGAUUGGAGUUAUUCCGUGUAAUGAUAAGACAAUUUUAAAUGAAAAUAUUAGUCCUACCGAUUCACAUCCAGGACCGAGUAAUGAAAUUUUAUCAAAAUCUCUGCGUUCACCAAUUUUAGGUCAACAAUUUUCAAGUCCAAACGAUUCAAUUUCCAAAAGAAAUAAUAUUAGACCAAUGGCUAUAAAACCUAUACCUAUUCAAGGAAAAGACAAUUCUCCUUCAGCUACAACUUCAAAUGGUAUUGUUACAAAAACUUUGGAAUAUUUGUUUGGUUGGUAGGUAAGAAAUUUAAAUAUGCAUAUGACAAAAUCAAUAAUAGAUUUUCAAACCAUUGUUAAUUAAUACUUUUUUUUUAUUCAAAUACAUUUUUAAUAAAUUUAUAAAUAAAAUUAUUACUAAAAAUUUGAAUUUCAAACCGAUGUAAGUGCUUUAAUUAUAUUGUAAUAAAUAUCCAAACCUCUAAUAAAUGUUUUCUCGUUAAGAAAUUCAUUAUGAUCGUGCAAUAAAGUUUUUGUUUUGUUCAUUGGAGAAAAUCCCAAAACCGGUAUACCAACCUAUUAACAUUAUAAAACAUGUAAUAUUAUUAUAAUACUGUAAAAUAAAUGUUUUUAUACUUUA